AUGGACUUCACUCCCCCGCCUGGCUUGGAUCUUUCGGAAUCCAAACGUUCUGAGCUAUAUGCGGCAUAUUCAUCCACGUAUGGACUGGCCGUGUUGGCAGUGCUGCUGCGGUUGCUGUGCCGGACCCGAGUGUCCAAGGUGGGACUGUGGUGGGAUGAUUACUUGAUUUGCAUAGCCUUGGCCAUGGUAACCGGAGAAUACGUCGACAUGAUCGUCUGGGUGUAUCGAGGAGUGGGAACACACAUCUACCCUCUUGGGAUGACCGGCUUCUCGAACUUCUUCAUUAACCUCUUCGUCUGCGAGAUCUUCUAUACGCUGUCCAUCUGUUUGACCAAAUAUUCCAUCUUGAUGUUCAACUGGCGCAUCUUCGGCACCACCAACAUCCGUAUCCCAAUAUACGUCAUAUUCUUUCUGGUCACCGGCUGGGGGUUGGGAGUCCUCUUCACCACAAUCUUCCAGUGUCUCCCCGUCCGUGGCUUCUGGGAUAAAUCCUUAGAUCCACACUGCGGUGUGAACGUCACCCAAUUCUUCAUCGGCAACGCAGUCCCCAACAUCAUCACUGACUGGGCAUUGCUGCUCCUCCCCAUGCCAUACAUCUGGCGACUCCACAGGAACACCACGCAGAAAAUCGCCAUCAGCAGUGUCUUCGUGCUCGGAGGGUUGUAG